UGUCAAUGAUAUACUUGAAAAAAGAAAUUUGUUUCUGAGUCUAAAGAAUGGAGGAAGAGGUGGGGAUGAGGCUAGUAUCAUUGCUACGAGCAGCAUGGAUCCUUAUCACUUUGCCGAUUGUUGUAGGCUUUGUCCCAUUCCCUGGGCUUGGUUGGCUUCGUACAAUUCUAAUGCUUGGCAACAGAGGCAAGAUUUUGCAAUCCAACUCUAAACUAACUCUGCCUCAAAGAUUCUUCUCUCACUUUUAUGUGGUGGCCAUUCUAUGGACGACACUCUUGCUUGUUGCAAUGUGGUCUUACGCAACAAGCAGCCACGUGACUGGAGGAGAAUCCCAUGCAAACAAUGUUUGGCUAUCUGUGUUUCUCCUUGUGCUAAUGGAACUCCAUCUUUUACGACGUUUGUAUGAGACAUUCUAUGUUUUCAACUACAGUCCCUCAGCUCGAAUGCACAUUUUUACUUAUCUUCUGGGCCUCUUUUUCUAUGUAAUGGCUCCACUGUCUCUAUGCUGUAAUUUUGCAUCUCAAGUGUUUGAUUUCGUGAAGGGAAAGGGUCACAUGUCGAGGCCUGGAUUUGAUAAUAUAUGGAUGUUUGUGACUCCUUUCUUGAGGCUUCCAUGGUAUGCGUGGAUAGGUGCUGCUAUUUUCUUUUGGGGUUGGCUACAUCAGCUUCGUUGUCAUCAAAUCCUUGGUUCGUUGCGAGACAAAACCAAAAAGCUGGAGGAGUAUGUUAUUCCGUAUGGUGAUUGGUUUGAAUACGUCUCGUCCCCACACUACACGGCUGAAAUUGUCAUCUAUGGUGGUCUUGUGAUGGCAAGUGGUGGUGUCGAUCUCUCAUUGUGGUUACUUUUUGCAUUUGUGGUGGCAAAUCUGGUUUAUACAGCAACGGAAACACAAGGAUGGUACAGGCGUAAAUUUGAGCAUUACCCUUGUAAUCGAUAUAUAAUAUUCCCGUUUGUCUAUUAGUGAUUUGUGCAUUGAAAUAGGUUGGUGUAGUAAAGUUGUUCGAUUGGACCAUU